UGGUGGGGGCAGCCCAGCUGCAACCCCAGAAAGCCACGUAGCUCUUUCUUGUCUUCUUUUACGUUCUUUCUCUUCUACAAUUUACAGUGCUGUCCGUGAACUGAUGGGACGUUUAACGACGCCUGCCCUACGCGGUCCCGGGACCUUCCAUCCUAUUCAACUCCACGCCAUUGAUGAUCAACGGCAAAGGAAGAGACUUUGCUGCUUAACUUCAAGUAAUGGAUUGUGUAUGCUGUUCACCUCUCUUGAUAUGAAAUUGCCUGUUGGAGAAGACAUGGGAGGAGACUAUGCCUUUUGAUAUUCGAUAAUUGGUAAGACUGAUUGGAGCUGAAAUGGGUUUCUUCAGACGCACGAAGAGUCUGACAGGUCAAUCUGGAUAAGUCUAGAACUCGUUCGCUAGAAGUUCUUCCGUUCAAGAAAGUUCUUUUGAGUACAGAUGUGGAGUCAGGUUACCGGGAAAGAUGAUGUGGAGUCCGGCGGCAGGCUACUGUAUCCGGCGAUGCAAGAGAGGCCGGAGCUGCGAUGGGCGUUUAUCAGGAAAAUCUAUUCAAUCGUUACCAUCCAGUUGCUGCUCUCUAUUGCUAUUGCCGCCAUUGUUGUCACUGUUCACCCUGUAAGGGAUUUCUUCGCGACUUCCGGGGCUGGACUGGCGAUUUACAUUGUGCUCCUCAUAACCCCCUUUGUCGCUUUGUGCCCUCUGUAUUACUAUUAUCAGAAACAUCCUCUGAACUAUUUCCUGCUUGGGUUGUUCACCGUGUCUCUUUCAUUUGCAAUUGGGUUGACCUGUGCCUACACAAGUGGAAAAGUGAUUCUGGAGUCGGCCAUCUUAACUGCUGUUGUGGUCUUGAGUCUUACUUUGUACACUUUCUGGGCUGCAAAGCGGGGCCAUGACUUCAAUUUCUUGGGGCCUUUCUUGUUUUGUGCCGUAAUGGUUCUCAUACUGUUUUCCCUAAUUCAGAUGUUUUUCCCUCUGGGUAAAAUCAGUGUAAUGAUCUAUGGAGGCUUGGCAUCACUAGUAUUCUCUGGCUACAUACUUUAUGACACGGAUAAUCUGAUCAAGCGAUACUCGUAUGAUGAGUAUAUUUGGGCUUCUGUUGCACUAUAUUUAGAUAUCAUCAACCUGUUUCUAUCUCUGUUAACCCUUUUCAGAGCUGCUGAUAAUUAGAUGGCCAACCUCUUUCUUACUCUGUUAACCCUUUUCAGAGGUUCUGAUAAUUAGAUAGAAUAUGGAAAAUCCCACCUUUUCUUGUUUAAACAUUAUAUGUGAUGUAAGAGCAGGUGUAUUCUAAUUGCCUGCAGAACUUUUGUAUUUAAUUGUAUUAUUUAUGUAAUUUUGUGUUAUGUA